AUGUCGACAUACGGGCACGAGCGAGUCCCAUCUGCGGCACCCGCAGCUGAGAUCGAACGUCCACGUGCAACCAGCGCCCUGUCGAACCACCGCCCGAUGUCAUUUCGCGGAUCCAUAGGUAGCUCCGCCGGGCGUCCUCUCGUCCAAGAGCCCAGGGCGAUCCCUGGUCGACAGGCUGUCUCUCCCACUCGAAGCUUCUCUCGUCCCAGCCCCCCGUCACCGAACGCGUUAUAUCGGGAGAGUGCGCAACGGCGAAAGGAAAAGGAGGAGGCCCGCUCCUUGCGUGACGCGUUGCAGGAGAUGGAUCUACAAGACGACAUCCGCCUUCAUAACGCGGCCCAGGAUGAGGCAACGGAGCUAGUUUGGAUGCACCUGAACCCUGGUGUUCCUUACAAGAACCCGUACGCGCCUUACCGUAAUCCCGAUAUGGAAAAGCUCCGUCAGAGCCCCGAAAAGAGUAGCCAUUCACAUACCAAGAGUCUAGGGUCUUCCGGCUCUCAACGUGAGAGUCAUCUCCCGGUAUUCAAACGAUUCUCAACGGGUCAGAGCGGUGGAGGUAGCCCGGUGGAAAAGCCGGCGCAUCACGAACAGCAGACGUCUCCUGGGAAGGAUGACACAAGUCCCAGGAAACAGGAAUCUCUGCGGAGAAAAGUGAACUUCGCCUUGCCCAGGGAGGACACCCAUAGGAGUACUAAGGACGACUGUGGGCUGGGCCUGACCAAUGUCGGGACCGACCUUCCCAAAAAUAUCUUCAGGAACCCAACCGAUCAGAUAUACGAAGAACCCAAGGACUCUCCAAAAGAAGAGGACGACCGUCCGCUGUUCUCUAGGUCCGAUUCGUCGGCCUUGAGAUCGCGACCGCGCAAUAUUCUGCGAGGUUCACGGCCUCUCCCAGCGCGAUCUGGGAAUUCCAUAUAUGACAAACUCUCCCGUUUUGAAAUUCACAAAAACCCACCAAGCCAGUCGAGAGACCCCGGGUACACAACGAACGAUACCUUUUCCCAGCCAAAGGUUGCAGAGGAAGAACCCCUGCCGACGAAAGAUGGCGUCGAGAUACGCAGCGAUGAUAUCCGGGCCGCUACAAGCAAGAAAUUGAAAGAUCGGAGUACUAAAUUACCCAUGCCAACCGCCGUCAGCGAUCGAGCUGGCCGGCCGAUCGUGAGUUUCGACCCCCAGUGGAAACCCGCUGAGGCAGAAUCACCCCCCAAGCGUCAAUCGGCGCCUCAGCCGCCGCCUGCACCUCCGGCGCCGACUAUCGAGGUCUCGGAGGCGGCGCCUAUUCCUGUCAUUAACCUCCCGGAUGACAAGGAACCUACUAUCUCUGAGAUGGAGGAAUCCUCACGAGAUCAAACAAGAAACCAGCCUCUGCCAGCUCAGCAGAGGCACAGCCACCUAUCUAACUCUUCCCCCAAGAAAUCUAGGCCAGCUGUGACGGAUCGCUGGCUAUCAACCUAUACUCGUUCUGGAGUCCCCACCGCGAAAUGCGAAUCUUGCUCGCUCCCCAUUGCGGGGAGGAUCGUCACGGCGGCGGGCUCGCGCUUUCACCCCGAAUGCUUCGUGUGCCAUCAUUGCAACACUGCACUGGAAUGUGUAGCUUUCUACGAAGAGCCGGAGGCGAAGCGAAAUGAACGACUGGCAGACACUUCUCCAGAUGAUGAAGAGGCGCAUUCGCUGCGGUUUUAUUGCCAUCUCGAUUUUCACGAACUGUUCAGCCCUAGGUGUAAGAGCUGUAAAACACCCAUUGAAGGAGAGGUGGUUGUGGCGUGUGGCGCUGAAUGGCACGUCGGCCACUUCUUCUGUGCCGAGUGUGGUGAUCCUUUUGGUCACGAUACCCCGUUUGUAGAGAAGGACGGGUUUGCCUGGUGUCUUCAGUGCCACUCCCGCCGCACCGCUCCGCGAUGCCUGGGCUGUAAGAAGCCAGUGCUGGACGAUGUGGUCAUUAGCGCGGUUGGAGGGCAAUGGCAUGACGCCUGCUUUGUUUGUCAUGAGUGUGGUGAAGGAUUCGGGCCGGAUGGCCGGUACUUUGUGCGCGAAGGCGAGCCCAAGAGGACAGCCAAGGGCCGUAUCAUUGGAGGGCCUGUCCAACUGGCCGUGUCUGUGAUUGACAUGGUUGACUAUGGCGAGGGUAUACGGUACAAGCAUUACAUCGACUUUCUGCAUCAGGUGCAUAUGUCGCAAGCGGGAGUUUGUCUGACUUAUUGGGUUGUUGCUGGAAAUUUGCAUAGUCAGGAGCGGGUGUGGCCAGUUAUGUGUAUGAUUCGAAAUUGA